ACACACAUCCAAAGAUUCCCCUUUAACCCCUCCAGUCAGGUCAUUACUAGAUAAGUACGAAUUAGUCUCAGGCGACAGAUCUGUGAUUCUGAUAAGUCCACGAACAUUCAAAAGAUAAGAUGAAGCUGGUGCUGAUUUGCUCUUUCUUUGGCCUCCUUUAUGCCGACUCAGAACCACAAAGAGAAUACAUUUUAUUCGAAAAAGUUGACCAUGACCUCAGUGGCUGCCUUGACCGCAAUGAGGUCGACAACAUCUUUCUUGCCUUUGAUAUUGACCAUAACCAGGAAGUGACGAGAACGGAGUUUGAGAACGAUUGGUUGACUCUGUAUCAGCUUGGAAACGCUCGUGAGGCUAACCUCCUCUUCAACAAGGCCGAUGCUAAUGGCGAUGGUCACUUGACUCACGCAGAUAUGCCCUUGAUCUACAGCUACUUCGAUAUGAACAGUGAUGGCUGUGUGGACAUGAACGAGUUUCUAACCCAGUGGGGGGACCUGAAGCUGGCCCCUAUCGACGUGUCUGUCAUUGAUGCCGGGGAUACCACCGUGGCACCUGCCGGCACCACCCACGCAAACAAUGGACACCAUGGACGUUAAAACACACACUAACUGUAAUGUGGUUCUGAACUUAAGAGUGAUUUGGUCAUUGUUUGCUGUUCAAUAGUUGAAAUACAAGCUUUGUUCAAAA